UAAUCAGAAGCCUACCAUGUUUGUUGUCUCUAAGCAUUGAAGAAUGUGAAGAGAUGGAGGAAAUGAUGUCAUCAGAAGAAGAGCAUCACUACUUUCCAAAUGCAUCCUCCUCUCAUUCCUUCUGCUUCCCACAACUUAAAUAUCUUAAAGUCAUAAGAUGCAGAGAGUUGAAAUGGCUCUUCCCCUCUCUGUCCUCUACUCUCCAUCUUCCACAGUUGGAUUGUUUGAGCAUUGAAAAGUGCUCUGAACUAAAGGGACUUUUUAAUUGCGAACCCGAAAUCCAAGAGGAAGGGUUUUACAACAACAUACUUCCAAACCUGAGAUAUCCAAAUAUUAUAGAUUGCCCCAUCUUCUCCAAAACCACACUCGCAGCUCUUCAAAGUCAUGCAGCUGAAAAUGCGACGAUGUGGCGGUGCUGA